GGGGGGCCGGGGAGGCUGCGGCCGCCUCUGAGCCCUGCAGGGUCCCGGAGCAGCCCGAGGAGCCGGGGCUCGGCGCGAUCAAGCCUGUUUGUGACCUCCUGACUAUUCCUGUGGGAACAGGUCUUGGUCACCGGGAAGAAUGACGUUUUAAUCCGAGCGAGGAGGAAGGGAAAAGAUGGGCCGCUGGGAGCAGCUGCUUAAAAAGAGCAAUCAAAACCCGCCCCUGUGUCUUUGCCAUUUCAGGAGGAAUUCUGCCACAGAAGGGUUCUGGCGACUGUGGUGAGCAAUGGGGUAUGAUGUAGCCCGCUUUCAGGGGGAUGUUGAUGAAGACCUUAUCUGCCCCAUCUGCAGCGGGGUUCUGGAGGAGCCGGUGCAGGCUCCUCACUGUGAACAUGCCUUCUGCAAUGCCUGCAUCACCCAGUGGUUCUCCCAGCAGCAGACCUGCCCCGUGGACCGCAGCGUAGUCACCGUGGCCCACCUCCGCCCCGUCCCCCGGAUCAUGCGGAACAUGCUCUCCAAGCUGCAGAUCACUUGCGACAACGCGGUUUUCGGCUGCACGGCGGUCGUGCGACUCGACAACCUGAUGUCUCACCUCAAUGACUGUGAGCAUAAUCCAAAGCGGCCGGUGACGUGCGAGCAAGGAUGCGGCUUGGAAAUGCCCAAAGACGAGCUGCCGAAUCACAACUGCAUCAAGCACUUAAGGUCGGUGGUGCAGCAGCAGCAGACGAGAAUUGCUGAGCUGGAGAAGACUUCAGCAGAGCACAAGCAUCAGCUGGCCGAGCAGAAACGGGACAUCCAGCUGCUGAAGGCCUACAUGCGAGCCAUCCGCAGCGUCAACCCCAACCUGCAGAACCUGGAAGAGACCAUUGAAUACAAUGAAAUCCUAGAGUGGGUGAACUCCUUGCAGCCUGCGCGGGUGACGCGCUGGGGCGGGAUGAUCUCCACGCCGGACGCCGUGCUCCAGGCGGUCAUCAAGCGCUCGCUGGUGGAGAGCGGGUGCCCCACGUCCAUCAUCAACGAGCUGAUCGAGAACGCCCACGAGCGGAACUGGCCGCAGGGCCUGGCCACCCUGGAAACCCGCCAGAUGAACCGGCGCUAUUAUGAGAACUACGUGGCCAAGCGCAUCCCCGGCAAGCAGGCCGUGGUGGUGAUGGCCUGCGAGAACCAGCACAUGGGGGAGGACAUGGUGCUCGAGCCGGGCCUGGUGAUGAUAUUUGCACACGGAGUGGAGGAGAUCUAAAGACUUUUAAAGAGAGAGAAACAUUUUGUGCUUGAAAAAGAAUAACUUGUCUAAACCGCUGACAUCUCCCCCGGCCCCCGUCAGUCACGGCAUUAUAUCAGGGCAUUAUUCCUCCAAGCGUGUGGCUCGUAAUUUCAAACGCGAUUCAAGGCCUCUGGCAAACGCUCCCUUGUAGCGCUGGGCGGUCACCCAGCAUCAUAUGCAAAAUGCGGUUUGCCUCUUGCAGCAGAUCCGCCUCCCAGUCCGGUGUCCGUGUGGCUUCGGACUGGCUUUGAAAAGCGCAGCCCCUCGAAACCGCUGCGGGCUUUGGAGCGGGCCUGACUGCUGACACCUCUGCCGUUGUCCCGACCUCCUGGCGCAGAUCUUGGCGUGGUGCUGCCCUGGGGUGACCUGACCACCCGGUGUUCAUGUCCGUGCCACAGCUUUAUCCCCCCCCACUCCCGGUUUCUUUCCCCACUCUGAGACACCUGUGUGAGAGCCACACCUCUCCAGCCGGGCUCUCACACACCUGCACGGUCUCGCUUUGCAGCCUUAGGUGGGAAGCGGGACCCUGCUCAGAUACGGCGAUGGUUUGGCCGGGAGGCUAAGCUGCAGACACGAGCGAUGCCAAAUAACCGCUCCCCACAAACGAGUAGCGUUUUGCAGCCAGACAGCUGAGCCGUCGAGCAGACGCGCUCUGGAGCUUGGCCGUGGGGCCUUACGCUGCGGCGGGGAGAAACCCGGCUUCAAGGGGGAAUUCGAAGUGGAACUAAACACUCAUUGGCCGGCCCUUUCGCCUCCUUCCUUUCUCCCGUCCCGCUCGGAGCCGGACACCCGAGGGAGGCGCUGGACUCCAGAAGCCUGUGAUGUGGACGGCCUCUCUGCCUGCCAGGGACAGUUGCCUCCACUUCUUGCCCGGAACCUGGCUCCAGCUGCCCUGUCUGUGUGUGCGUUGAACGGGCCACAAAGAGCUUUAUAUAUUUUUUUUCAGACACUUGUGAUUGUGGUUCGUUUUUUUUGUACCUUUUUUUUGCCUCGUUUGUUUGUAUUUUCCCUUUAUUUUAUUUUUUAAAUACAGUGGCCAGAAAUGCUGCCAGGUCCAAUUAAGUUUACUUGUCGGGAAUUUAAUUUAUUUGCAUUUGUGGGGAGUGGGGAGGGGAUUUUUGGCUUUUGUUCCUUCCUUUCGGUCUUUGUUUUCUCUUUAGCUCAUUGUUUGGUGCCCAAGGUGGCUGCGUGUGGGACAGGGAGUGAAUUGUCAAUAAAUAAGAGGUUCUGAUGGCUUUAAUCCAGACCUCGACACUACCAUCCCUUCGGAGACUGUUCGCAUCUCCGUGGUCCUCUGGACAGCUUGGGCCCUCCCCAGCUGCUAGCUGGAAGCUGCAGAUAGUUGGUGGGGUAAGAGUUUGAAUUCCCAGUUAACAGUUCCACAACAAGCAGCUCUCCUGGGUUCCCACUCUGUCGGUCAAUAGCGGAGCUGCCUCCACCGAUGGAAAGGAGUCUGAUCUCAGGACGACACCCACCCCUCUGCCCCUGCCAUCUGCAGCAGCCCUGCCCCAGCUGGCAGAGCAGCCCUGCCAAAGAGGGGGUUCUUGGAGACCAUCUUCAGGGGCAACGUCUGUCCAGUGGGUGAUUACCCUGCGGCCCAUGGGAGGCUGCCCAGACGUAGGCUCUGUAAGAACUACAUUUCCCAUCAUGCCUCACACUGAUUGGCCUAGUUCUGCCCAGCUGUAUGACACUAGAGAAAGCUGCUUCCAGGGGCUGAAUCCGAUUGCGUCGGCCCAGACUGCAGCCAGUGGCUGAGGCACGUGGAGGGAGCUAAAUGUGCUUCCUGGCGCUGUAAGCGGAGCAGGACGCCCCUCGCCCAGCUGCCUGUCACAAAGGGCCUGUCCCCUUCUGGUCCUGGAGCUCCACCACGGAGCACGGGCAGGGCUCCCAGGGAGACGCUGCGUGAGAACAUCGCUCAGGCCCCGGCGGCGGGUUUUGUUACACGCUGUCCCCGAUUUCCCUCCGCUGUUCGCUGGGCAUCCAGGGAAGCCUUUGCGUCCGCUUCAGAGGCUCUGUAAACCGCUGCAGGAUUUCCAUUUGGCUUCACCUCUACCGCCCGGCCCGCCGGGGUAGGGGGGUUUAAGGUCCUUCUCUCACUUCUUUCCCCUUUCAACUGGCAAAUUUGCUGGUGUGGGUUGGUUUGUUUUUGUUUUAAUGCUGCAUCAUUUCUUGAGGAAAUCCAGCUAGUUCUGUUUCAGGGCAUGGCCUGGUUUUCCCCUGCAGGCGUAGAAGCUCUUUGUUGGGUAACUCCAUAGUUUUCCGUGUGUCUCGUAUCCUACGUUACAAGCACCUGGCGCGUUCUUCAGAAGUCAGAUCAGUUGGAGGUAUGGAGCGGGUUGUAUUUGAAUUCAUGUCUCGAUGAGGUGUGUGGAAGGGGAAUUACUGGGUGGGAGCUCUGUCCAACCCAGACCCUUAUGCUCAGGAAUUAGAAAAAGCUGCUAAAUCCAACCUGGUAACUGCAUCUGUCUAGCUGGACUUUU